AUCCUGAAUCUGCAGCUUGUGCUGUGAGUGACUGUAUGCUCACCUGCGCUGGGGGGAUUAGUGUGAAAUUGCACAGCAUGAGCAGCGCCUGGCUUCUCAGAGAUAUGAAAACUGGGGUUUAGCAGCUUCCCUGGACUGAGAAGAGGCUAUAGGAAGAGCGUGAGAUUUUAAAACUUCAAGCUGUUGUUCCCUCCCUCUGGCUACUAACUCCAGCACAAAGGGAAAUGUACUCUGACAGCAGCCAAGUAAGAAAAGCAAACAAAACACAGCAACACGAGGCAGAGGCAAAGCACUACAGCUAACUUCUGAGGGGACUGCACCAUGGUUUAGCUGGGGCUGAAUCCAUCACAUUAACCUGUUACUCGCUGUAUGCAAUACUACUGCUUGACCCUUCACUUCUGGAUUAUCUGUAACAACUGAUCAUUUUGAAUGUCUGACAUUGAAAGAUUAAGGAUUUCACCAAGUCCUGUGGAGGAUGGCAACGGAGUAACACCACCUAUCCUCCACCUCCACUAUUUACCUACUGAGAUGCACCAUGUUUCUCACAAGUUAGUGUAGAUAUAUACAGGACUAAGUCUGCACAUUCCAUAUCUUAAUAUGUGAGUAAGAUGGAUGCAACACAUUUUGUUCUUAGUGGAUAUUAUAAUGUUUCUGGUAAUGGAAGCCACCCAGACCUUGGCAGCCCACACUAUACUACCCUGGAAAGCUCACUGAUAAUUAUAGCAGUAGGGUCUAUCAUUUUAUCCACGGUGGUGGGCAACAUUCUGGUAGUGUUAGCUAUAUUUACCAGCCGAGCUCUGAGGGCCCCACAGAACCUUUUUUUGGUGUCACUAGCAUCAGCUGACAUUCUGGUAGGGGCACUAAUCAUCCCAUUUUCCCUGGCCAAGGAAGUUAUGGGAUACUGGCAUUUUGGGGUUGUGUGGUGCAGUAUGUACCUGGCCUUGGACAUCUUGUUCUGCACAUCGUCUAUCGUCCACCUCUGUGCUAUCAGCAUGGACCGCUACUGGUCUAUAACUAAAGCAGUAAAGUACAACCUGAAGCGCACACCAAAGAGGAUAAAGAGCAUGAUUGCAGUUAUCUGGGUAGUAUCAGCCAUCAUUUCCUUCCCUCCAUUGCUGAAGGCUAAGCACAAGGACUGGGAGUGCCAUCUAAAUGAUGAUACCUGGUAUGUCCUCUUUUCUUGCACUGUAUCUUUCUUUGUUCCUUGUAUCGUCAUGAUGUUUCUAUACUGCCGAAUCUACCAAGUGGCCAAGCACCGUGCAUCCACUGUGUCCAGCCUCCGUAAUGGGAUGUCAGACUGCAAUAAUGGUCAAUAUGCUCAGCACCAAGGACACCAAAGCACACACAGCAACCAUGAAGCAGAUGAUAUGGACCUGGAAGACAGCACUUCUUCUAUCCACAAGUCCCCAUGCCCAACUCAGCACAAGACUGAUGAGACAUUUAGUGCUAACAAAUCCAGAAGGCUGUCCUGGACCAUAACCCGAGGUCAGCCAAGAAGAGAGCGUUCCAUUUCCAUCUCCCAGAGCCGCCUGGCUCAGCAAAGGGAGAAGAGACUAACGUUUGUGCUUGCUGUGGUCAUUGGUGGCUUUGUCAUUUGCUGGUUCCCCUUCUUCUUCACCUACAGCUUGGAGUCAGUGUGCAGAGGGAGAUGCGGUAUAUCACAUGCCCUCUUUAAUUUCUUCUUUUGGAUUGGGUACCUCAAUAGCAGCCUUAACCCUGUUAUAUACACAGUCUUUAACAGGGAUUUCCGAAAAGCUUUUAAGAAACUUCUAACCCUCUCCCCAAGGAGGACUCUAUGAGACUGUCCUUACUUAGUAGUCCCUACCUGGGGACAAACACAAAUCUACAAAAUUAAAUUCAGUCAGGACUGAAACUCAUUGUGGCUAUAUUUUAAUGUUUCUAUAUUUUGAGCACAUUGGGAACUUAGGUGAGGACAUUCCAUUUAUUUUUGGAGUAUAAUAUCCGUGUACGAAUCACCUUCAAAGAAAGGUGUUACCACUUAAAAACUAAACAUUAUAGUUUUAAAAAUAUGGUCAUGUGUAUCGAGAUUAUAUUAUAAAUUGUGAUUAUAUGAUCAUCUAUUACAAUUUUGUAAUCAGUUUUUCUCUAGUUUCCAAAAUUUUAAUUGAAAAAAAAGAAGAAAUUACAAUGUCCUGUUGGCACUUUGUUUCCAGUUUGAUUUAUUUUGUAUCACACACAAUCCUUGCGUUGCUUUAUUACUUGUGGUUUCAGUGAAACAUGAGAGAGAUACAUUGUCACAGACAGUAGCUAUAAAGCUUUUGUGUUAUCAUGUAUGGUAUUAUCUGAAAAACUGUAAUGUCUGGAAUGCUUUUACAAUAAACUACAUUGCUAAA